AUGUCGCCCGCUCCCUCGUCACCCAUCCUCAGCCCGCUCGAGCUCGCCGACGACUCAGCGACCCUCCCCGAUCUCGUCCACAGCCUCAACCAUACCAGCACCGUGCUGGCCCUCGCCGUGAGCCCACAGCACGAAACCAUCUACGCGGGCACCCAGGACGGCGAGAUUGUGGCCUGGUCCCUGGAUACAUUCCACCAGGUCCACCGCGUCCAAGCCCACAAGCGCAGCGUUCUGUCGCUGUCUCUCUCGCCCGACGCCUCGCUGCUCUUCUCCAGCGCCGGCGACGCCAUCGUCAAUGUCUGGGACCCGCGAACCCUGACCCGCCUGUACGAGAUCUACGGCUCCUACGACGUCGGCGACAUCUUCUGCACCGCCUACAGCCCGCAGCACGAGACGCUGUACUUUGGCGCCCAGAACGCAACCAUCCAGUGGGCCGGCCUCAAGGACGCCAGCGCCCGCGUCGCGACCGACUCGCAGCAACAUCCGGACCGCCGGAACCACCGCUUCUUCGACUCCAAGGCGGCCGGCGGCUCCAGCACGCCCAGGCGCAACGACGACCGCUGGGGCCUCAUCCCCAAGGCCCAGACCGUCCUCGAGAUGCACCCCGGCUCGGUCCGCAACUUUGCCCACUUCGGAUAUGUCUACUGCAUGCUCGUGGCCAAGGGCCCCACUGUCGAGGUUGAGGCGGACGAUGACGUGCUGAUAUCGGGUGCCGGCGAUGGAACCGUCAAAGUGUGGAGUUUGGGCCAUGCCAGCGAAGAAGACGACAACGCUGGCGGCAUCCAGGAGAUCAUGACACUAGGAACAGACGACGCCGAAUCCGUCCUAUCCCUGGCACUCGAUGGAUCUUUCCUAUAUGCCGGCAAGCUCGAUGGUAUCGUCGAGCUAUGGGAUCUCGAUACAGCACAGCGACUGCGGGUCAUCAGAGCCCAUGACUGCGAUAUCAUGUCGCUCCAAAUGAGCUGGGGAUAUCUCUGGACCGCUGCAAGCAAUGGCUGGGCUAGUAAAUACAGCACAGCGCACUACGGCAAGUACCAGCACGUCUCAUCAAACAACGUCACGCAAAAGUACCAGUGCCUAUCCAGGUGGCAAGCUCACCAGGGCAAGAUCCUGUCCUCGGCUGCCACCACUUACAAAAACAAGCAGUUCUACAUUACCGGUUCCAACGAUGACAACAUUUCCAUCUGGACUAUCAAGGAGGAUGCUUGCUCCAAGAAGGAGACGGACCAAAACUCGGAGAAUCUGCUGCUCUCGACACUGAGAGAUUUCAUCUCCUACAAGACCGUCUCCUCGCGGCCCGAGUUUUCCGAGGAUUGCCGCAAGGGAGCUACGUUCCUGGGAUCUCUAUUCAAGCGCCUCGGAGGCCAUGUGGAGAUGCUCAGCACCGAAAAGCCCCACAACCCGGUCGUGUACGCCAAGUUCUCGGCCAAGAAGGAGGCUGCCGAGACACGGAAGCGGAUCCUGUUCUACGGACACUACGAUGUGGUGGCAGCCGACAGCAGGAAGGGGAAGUGGUCGUCGGACCCUUUUACCAUGCAGGGCACUAACGGAUACCUGUAUGGUCGAGGCGUCAGCGACAACAAGGGCCCCAUCAUCGCCGCUCUCUAUGCCGUCACGGACUUGAUGCAGGCGCAGAAGUUGGAAAAUGACAUCAUCUUUCUGAUUGAAGGCGAGGAGGAGUUUGGAUCGCUGGGUUUUGAGGAGGCUGUGAAGAAUAACAAGGAGCUGAUUGGCGAUGUGGAUUACAUCCUGCUGGCCAACAGUUACUGGUUGGACAACGAGGUGCCCUGUCUAACGUAUGGUCUUCGAGGUGUCCUUCAUACGACUAUCUGCGUCGAUGCGCCUCGUCCUGAUAUCCACUCUGGCGUCGACGGUUCGUAUAUGAUGAAUGAGCCUCUUUCCGACCUCACGCAGGUCCUGUCCAAGCUCAAGGGUCCUGGCAACAGGGUGCAGAUCCCCGGGUUCUACGACGGCAUCCUCGCUAUCACUCCGGAAGAAGAAGCGCGAUACGACGACAUUGCGUCGAUACUAAUCCGCAAGAAGCCCGAGGCCGGCCCUGAAGACAGACUCAAGCAGUCGCUCAUGGCACGAUGGCGAGAGCCUAAUCUGACGCUGCACCGAUACAAGGUGUCGGGUCCCGACGGCAGUCUGGUCAGCAGCCAUGCCAGCUCGCACAUUAGUUUGCGACUGGUGCCUGGACAGGAGGUGGACACUGUCGCAGAGUCGCUCACCAAGUUCCUGCGGGAGGAGUUUGGAGUGCUCGAGUCGCAAAACCGACUGAGCAUCUCAAUCGACAACAAGGCCGAGCCAUGGCUAGGCGACCCCAGCAACGCCAUCUUCCGCACUCUGGAGGAGGCCAUUCUAGAAGUGUGGGAAGAGCGGUUUCAAGCUUCGGGCACCACGACAGACGAGUCCUCGGAGGAUGAUUCAGAGGAAGGUCCUAAAGCUCGAGUGCAGCCCAAGGGGGGCAAGCCCCGAAAGCCCCUGUUCAUCCGCGAGGGCGGUUCGAUCCCGGCGAUCCGGUUCUUGGAGAAGGAGUUUGGGGCGCCGGCAGCGCAUCUCCCGUGCGGGCAGUCGAGCGACGCGGCGCAUUUGGACAAUGAGCGGAUGUGCUUGAUCAACCUGUUGAAGGCGAGGGAGAUUUUUGCCAAGGUGUUUUCUCGGCUGUGA